CCGGCCGGAUGGCGGGCGGCGCGGGCUGGGCGGGCGCCCCCGCGGCUCUGCUGCGCUCCGUGCGCCGCCUGCGCGAGGUGUUCGAGGUGUGCGGCCGCGACCCCGACGGCUUCCUGCGCGUGGAGCGCGUCGCGGCGCUCGGGCUGCGCUUCGGCCAAGGCGAGGAGGUGGAAAAACUUGUGAAAUAUCUGGAUCCCAACGACCUUGGGAGGAUCAACUUCAAGGAUUUUUGCCGAGGGGUGUUCGCCAUGAAAGGGUGUGAGGAGCUGCUGAAGGAUGUGUUGUCUGUGGAGAGCGCAGGGACCCUGCCCUGCACGCCCGAGAUCCCAGACUGGGUGGAGCAGGGCAGCGAGGUGCCAGGCCCGACCUUUGCUGAUGGCGAGCCUCCCAGGGACCCCGGCUUCUUUCCCGAGGACGAGGAGGAGGCUAUGACACUGGCCCCACCAGAGGGCCCCCAGAGUCACAUGGACAGCCCCAUGGAGAGCACCAGAGCCUGAGGGGUCAGUUACCGAGGAGAGGACGGGGGCUUGGGGCCCUUCCUGCCGGAGGACAAGUCCUCGGGCCACACUCCGUCCAUGACCACGUCAGACCUCUCCACACACUCCACCACCUCGCUCAUCAGCAACGAGGAGCAGUUUGAAGACUAUGGGGAGGGGGACGAUGUGGACUGUGCCCCCAGCAGCCCCUGCCCCGACGACGAGACCAGGACCAACGUCUACUCGGACCUGGGAUCUUCAGUGUCUUCCAGUGCGGGGCAGACUCCUAGGAAAAUGCGGCACACCUACAACAGUGAAUUGCUGGAUGUUUACUGCUCUCAGUGUUGCAAGAAAAUCAACCUGCUGAAUGACUUGGAAGCCCGACUGAAAAACUUGAAGGCCAACAGCCCCAACCGGAAGAUCUCUAGCACAGCCUUCGGACGGCAGCUCAUGCAUAGCAGCAACUUCAGUAGCAGUGACGGCAGCACCGAGGAUCUGUUCCGGGACAGCAUUGACUCCUGUGACAACGACAUCACAGAGAAGGUGAGCUUCCUGGAAAAAAAGGUGACUGAACUGGAGAAUGACAGCCUGACCAAUGGGGACCUGAAAAGCAAGCUGAAGCAGGAGAACACGCAGCUGGUGCACAGGGUGCACGAGCUGGAGGAGAUGGUGAAAGAUCAGGAGACCAUGGCCGAGCAGGCCCUGGAGGAGGAGGCGCGGCGGCACCGUGAGGCCUACAGCAAGCUAGAGAGAGAGAAGAGCACAGAGAUCGAGCUGCUCAACACCAGGGUGCAGCAACUAGAGGAGGAAAAUGCCGAGCUCAGAACAACAGUGACCCGGCUCAAGGCGCAGACAGAGAAGCUGGAUGAGGAGCGGCAGCGCAUGUCUGACCGGCUGGAGGACACGAGCCUGCGGCUCAAGGAUGAGACGGACCUGUACAAGCGCAUGAUGGACAAGCUGCGGCAGAACCGCCUAGAGUUCCAAAGGGAACGGGAGGCGACGCAGGAGCUCAUCGAGGACUUGCGGAAGGAGCUAGAGCACCUGCAGAUGUACAAGCUGGACUGCGAGCGGCCAGGCAGGGGUCGCAGCUCGUCCUCUAGCCUGGGCGAGUUCAGCGCCAGGGCCCGCGAGGUGGAGCUGGAGCAUGAGGUCAAGCGGCUCAAGCAGGAGAAUCAUAAGCUGCGGGACCAGAAUGAUGACUUGAAUGGACAGAUCUUGAGCCUCAGCCUCUAUGAAGCAAAGAACCUCUUUGCUACCCAGACCAAAGCCCAGUCUCUGGCUGCAGAAAUAGACACAGCCUCUCGCGAUGAGCUCAUGGAAGCCCUGAAGGAGCAGGAGGAGAUCAACUUCCGGCUGAGGCAGUACAUGGACAAGAUAAUCCUUGCCAUCCUGGACCACAACCCCUCCAUCCUUGAGAUCAAACACUGAGACAAGGGCUGGCUGCAGAGCAGCUUCGGGGACCCUCAGACCCCGGGCCCUGGGACCAAGGGGCAGACCCCGCUUGAGGAUGCAGCCCAAGCCGGGCCACACACACACAUACACGCACGCACGCGCACACACACGCACACACACACACACACACACACACACACACACUGUAAAUGUAUCUCUGGCCACCAUGUCGUGUGUACUGGUGUGUAUGUGGGGGAAUACGUGCACGCAGCAAGGAGUGAGUGUGGGGCCGUGGCUCUGGAUGAGAUCUCUGCCGUUCCUGUCCACACGGAGCCCUUUGCAAGGGCAGAUGGCCCUGGAGGUGGGAGGGGCAAGGUCUGCAAUCAGGAGUUACUGUAAUAACAAGAACUGGAAGAUGGUGUUUCAGAUACAGGACAAAAAUGAUUCUACCUCUGGGGAGAAGGAUUAAAACACACUCUAGUGAGACAGGCUCUUUCACCCCACCCCUGUUCCCUCUGGGAGUGAGAGCCCAUUUGUGAUCUUUUCCAGGAGUUCAAAUGCCCAACAGCUGCAUCCUCCCCAACCUCUCUGGCCACCUUUGAAGCCUAGGUGCUCAGGCUCUGAAAAAAUGAAGGGGCCCUCCCAGAGCCCCUCCCCGGCUGGCAGCCCCCCGCUAUCCUUGGGCACUGUGUGUCCACAGGACUCAGGCUUGCAGAGGAGCUAACGUGGGGCGACCUUCAUUCUAAGAGUUCUUGGUAUUUUUAGAGGUCUCUGUACACUUCCCCAACCCUGCUUACCUACCUCUUUCUGUUCUAUUUUUAAGACCAUGAAAAAUAAGCAGCAUUUAACUUGGGGGUACAGUGAAGGGAUUCAAAAGGAGAUGGGGGAGCCGGGGGCCAGGGGUGUCUAAAGUACGUGUUGGCAUUGGGCAUCCAAAGACCUGCUUUUCAGGGAGGAGCAUGCUCACACCCCUGUUCGUUUCCUUCCCUCUGGCUGCAUUUUACUAGAAGAGAAGAGAAACACGGAGGGACUGUUUUCAUGGCAUCGGCGGGCAAGGAGUGGGCUGCCUUGCUGCCCAGCUCCCGGUCUCCGCACGGCCUGGGGAUUCUGAGCUCUGGGCUUGGCUCAGCUGGGUGGCGAGGGCCCCGGGUUCCAACUGUUAGAAACACUCUCUUGCAUCCUGCUCUCAGCCAGGUGCGGUGUGCCAGUGAGAGACACAGUUGGGGACGUUGUAGGGAAACCUUAGUUUUCCAUCCUCAGUGGCACGUGGUGGAAAUGGACACUGGACUUUUAAUGUGAUCUUUUGUUCUAGGCAGCUAGGAGUAGAUAGGGUACUUUGAGCCUUCCAGUUUUUCUCAGUGGUACAUGGCUUGUGAUUCGUUUCCUUAAUCCAAGUAUAUUUGAACAUGUACGGUCUUAAUCUUUUCCCCUGCAGUUUCUUCUUGUCUUCAAUUCUGGUGUAAAAAGGAAAGUUUGGGCAUGUUGGGGAGGGGCUGGAGGGGUGUUCGCAAGGAAGAGAGGGCUGUAGAGGGUGAAGAGGGGCUUGGGGGCUUGGGGAUGCACGUUCCCUGUUCACAAAGGCAGGGUUGUGGCCAGGACCGGUCUUCACUCCAUGCCAGUCACCUUCUGCUGUUGUUGGAUCGUGUGAUUUCUCUUUUAAGUUCAUGUGUGGGAUUUGUUUCAUGCCGCAGGUAAUGGGGCUGUGUUGGUCCGAUCCAGGACUUUGGGGUCAGCCACCCCAGGAAGACUAGGGCAAGGGGUCCAUCUUCUGAGAGCCCUCAAGCCCCUAGGAUGCUGGUGUCCUUGGGCUCCUCCGGGGUCUGAGAAGCAGCAGCGGCAGUAGAAAGAAGGCAGAGAGGAGUGGGUCUCUUGAGAAUUUGCUAAAAGGCGGCAGUGGCCCCAAAUUAAAGGAAAGGAAAGAAAACAUAUCAUGACUUGGCUUUGGUCUGGAUUUACAUUGGAAGGAGUCCUUCGGAGGCCAGCCAGAUCAAGGUCCUGGUCCGUGGGGGAGUCCGUAGGAGUGAGCAUUUUGUAUGUAAAACUUUCUAUGCUCUUUAGCUGCACCGAUACGGAAUUCCAGAGAAGGCCCCAGAGGCCUUAUGUGGGAGGGAAUUUCUGCUUUGUUGAAAAGGGGUGGAAAGCGGCGGGCUUGCCAUGUUUUGCUGCCCCCUUCCUGAAGGGGGCGCCACCGGAGCAGCCUCGUCUGAAAGGCCCCUAGGGAUCUAGUGCUGUGCAUGGGGGUCUCUGGAAGAGGGCUGACUUUAAAACGAGACUAAACUCCAUGUUACCCAGGCCUCAGGUUCAAUCCAACCUUCUUCAACCAAAAUCGUCUUUAAAAAACCUAGGCUGUCAUUCUAGUUGGCUUUUCAAGAUCAUGUCGUGUUUUUAACUGCUCUUCUAUGCGUGAAAGCUAGCUUUCGGGAGGCACAUGCGGCCAGGGUCCCAGCCCCAUGGACCCCAGCGAGGGUUCCAGAGCGGUACUGACUCUGGGAGCACAUCCCCGCCCCCUUCCUGGGCUUCCCCCUCCUUUGUGUGUUGUCUGAUUGAGAGUUCCCCCUCUUCUCUCUGGGUGCUGGAACGGCUUAAGUAGUACACACAAUGACCAGCGCGGUGUGCCUUUCAGGCAAACAAAACACAACUCCUAAUAGAAGUUAUGUUCCAUGCAAUACUUGGGACACAUCUAAAACGGAGAGAUUUUAAAAAUUCUGAUACCUGGGCCGAAUCCCCAGAGGAUCCGAUUUCCUUGCCGUGGGGUGUGGCCCAGCUAUUGGAAUGUUUAAAGAACCCCCCCAGGUGAUUGUAACUUAACUGAGUGCCCAGGUGCGUUUUGUUUUUUGUUACUGCUAAACCUGGCAACUCUACCUAGUAGGGAUUAGUAGUAACUCAUCCAAAGUUGAGCAGUGUUUCGGGGGCACUCGGAGGGGGUCCUACAACAGACCCACAUUUUACACAGCACUUGGCUAUCCUUACAUUCAACGGGAAGCCAAACAAAGUUUGCAGAAUCAGCAAGUGAGCUUUAUAAAGUUCUCGGAAAAAAAAAAAAAGUGUAUAUUUGAAACUUUUGAAUUGGCCAAGUUAGAUUAUUUUAAGUUUGUACAUUCUUUGAGAAUUGUCAGAGGGAAAUGCCUUUAUUCUGACUUUAUUUCUCACUUAUUACAAACACAGAGCUCAAGAACCUCCCAAGGCACUUGGACCCGAAACAGUGGUUUUUGACUUGGGCUGUGCAUCGGAAUAACCCGGGGAGAUUUUCGAAAUUCUGCUGACUGAGCUGCCCCACCCCAAGAUUCCAGUGUAAUUGGUGUGGGUGUGGCCCAGGCAUCCAGAUGUUUAAAGUGAUUCCCAGGCCAUGCUGAUGUGUAGCCCAAGGUUGAGACUAGAAGGUUCCUAGUCAGGGAUGGAGAAAAGGGUGGAAAUGGCUGUCGGGUUUGUUAAUCCAGGUGCUACUUUAACAGUGGGGGUGUCGAUGGCUUUGAUGGUUUGUGAGCAGAUCCCUCACCCCAGGGAUGGGAGGCCAGAUGCCUUCAGGAACUGGUGUACCAAGCUGUUCUCUCCAGCCUGGGGGUUAGCAAACCUGAGUGGCAAGUCUCCGCCUGGUGCCCAUGGAGUCGCGCACAGGCCCAUUCUGGAGUCAGGGGUCAGGGAGGGGCUGUCCCCCUGAAGCAGCCCCAGAAACAGUCUUCUACUCGCACAGCUGAGCAGGAGGGGACACUGGCCUCUGAUCCGUUUUCAGGCUGGGUGGAGGAGCGUCACCCCAGCUCUUCCACUGUUAGUAGUCAAACCAGCAUCCCAGCCCAUGUUCUAGAGGCUCCGGGCACUCAUCUGCCGGCAAGUCUGGUUCCUGAGCCCGUCAGGUGCAGUGGUCAGGAGGGCACCGCGUAGGCGCUUUCGUUCCAAGGAGGGGCUUCAUAACUGGCAGAAACCUGCAGGGGCCAGUGGGGCCUGGUGGCUCAGGGAAGAAUUAAGCCCACUUUUUGUGCUCUGUGGCUGUGUGUGUUUAACGCAUUAGCAAAUUUAAACCUAAAAGGGGAAGUUUGGGGAUGGUCACCAUGCCAAGGAAAUGACUGUUUGCCUGGCAGAUCCAUGGCAACUCUUUGAAAGUGCUAAGGAGAGUUUUAGGUUGAGGACUUCAGUGCUGGCCCCCUCCCCGGUCGUGCCUCCUUCGGGACUAGGGCAGCCCCUGUAGGGCGAUGCUUCAGGCUGGUACCCCCUGACUGUUGAGGGGCCACGUACCCCUAGGUGACUUCAGGCAAGUUCCUUCCCUUGACUCACUGACCUUAGGGACCUUCUGGGCCUGCCCAGCCUCAUGGCAGAACAGCUCUAAGGCCCUUCUGCCACAUUCUCUGCUGCCUACCUGAGAAAAUCGGGUGCCUUCUGGAAAGGUUUCUAAAAGCAUAGACUUGGUGAAGUGUGAUGCCGUACAUCACUCCGAUCUUGUAGGCUCCUUCUCUCUCCCUGAGACUGUAGGGGGAGGGUUGUCUGCCCCGAGCCCCCAGCAGGAAGGGUGGCUGAGAAUGGCAUGUCAGGGCUGCCCACGCAGGACAUGAGUGCUGCUGCCUGGGGGGGCCUGCGCCUCCUGCUGGGCCCCUGGGUUUGUGGGGAGACUGCUUCCCGCGCGGCCCCUCUGCUUUGCUGUGCUGCACAGGCUGUGUUUCGUCUGCAUGGUUUGGGGUCGUUGUCCUUGUGCCUUUUUCCUUCCGUCUCCGCUGUACAGGAGUUUCCAUGUCCCCACUGCCCCUUUUCUACACCCUCGCGUUCCCCUGGCCCUUCCCCAGCCCUGUAAAUGUGUACAUAGCGCCCCACUUGGUGUCAUCGUGCCUCCACCACACCUGGUGUGCUCCCAGGCCAGGCCUCCCCGCACGUUGAUCCAUGUGGAGAGGCUCAAGGCUGAGCCUCCGCUCUGCUCGCUCAGCCUUGCAGAUUUGGUAACUUUGUACAGAACUCUUUUUACUGUGGUCUUCAGCUUGGAGGGCUCGGACCCUCUUAGCCACCCCCCCACCCCCCCCACCCCCGUGCAGCCUGUAGCUAGUUUAGAAGCCUUGCACACCAGAAAAGGGUAACUGUGUAAAGCACCUUCUCCCACAAACCUCUUCCCCUGCAUUGGUGUCAAUAUUUCUAGAAAGCUGGGCGCGCCAGGGCAGGGACGUCAUGGGUCUGCAGCAGCGCCCCUGGUCCCGGGGGGAAGCUCCAGCAGUGGGGGGCUCCCAGUGCUUGGCAUUGGGCUGCCUUCAGGACCACCGCCGUCUGGUGUCUCGAACAGCCUUGGACUCCAGGUGGGCAGAAAGAAGAGGCUUCUGGCAGCUGCCCCGGCCCGUCAUUAACAUAACAACUGCCGAGCUCUUCCUCCUUUGCCCAAGGUGCUCAGACCCGAGUGCCAUUAAUUCCCGGCUACCGGCUGGACUGCAGCGGGACCGGCGUGGUGAGGACUCGCGCACAGCCUGCCGGCUCCCUUCAUCCCAGCCCUUCCUGCUUUCUUGGCUGGGACCCCAGGGGCCCAGAUUGGAUAAGCUGCACGUGUGGCCUCAUGCCCAAGGGUUUGUUAGAUGGCUUUGACUCUGUGGGAUUCUCCUUGAGUCCCACCCCAGGAGCCUCCAUCUGGAAGCGGGCUUAGCUUCAGGGCUGGGCUGAGACCUCCACCCCCAGGCUCCAGGGAAGGGGAAGGGGGGGGCCAAGGCUGUGUCCCAGGGCCUCAAGCUCUCCGCCCCCUACCUGCUUCUAGCCAAAAAGGAGCAGGCUCUCAGAGGCAGUCUCUCCUUCAGGAACUCUAAUGUACAGACCGAGGUGUAAAUAAAUAGUUUGCUUUUCUUGCCUGA